AUGGAAACGAAAACGAUUGUUUUGCCGGACGGACGGAACCUUGCCUAUGCCGUGCUGGGGGACGUCGGCGACGACAAACCCACCGUCUUCCACCUGCACGGCUUCCCAGGCUCGCACCACGAAGCCGCCAUCUACGCGCCUGCCGCGGCGCGCCACGGCAUCCGCCUCGUAGGCAUCUCGCGACCCGGGAUGGGCGGGAGCACGUUCCAGCCGGAGCGGCGCAUCCUCGACUGGCCGGCCGACGUGCGGGCGCUGGCCGACCACCUCCGCACCCAAGGCCCCUUUGGCGUGCUCGGCAUAUCGGGCGGCGGGCCGUACGCCUGGGCGUGCUGGAGGUCAGGCGCGGGCGGGGACCCGGACGCGGCGCUGCCCCGGUCGAUGCUGGCGGCGUGCGCCGUGGUCGGGGGCCUCGGCCCGCCGUCGUUUGGGUUCGGGGGCCUGCCGGCGAGCUCGCGCGCCAUCUUUUGGCUCUCGCAGUGGAGCACGGGCUUGGUCGGCGCGGGCUUGGACUACGCCAUGGGCAAGGCGGCGCGCGGCCGGCCGGAGCAGCUCGCGGCGAGCAUCGACGACAUGUACCUGAGCGGCAGCAGGGGGGAGGCCGACAAGGAGGUGUGGGGGCGGGAGGAGUUUGCGUAUUCUCGCCGAGCGCUGCUGGACAGCCUCACGGCGGCGAUGAGCGAGCCCGGAGCACCCGGCCCGGCAUGGGAGGCCAGAGUGCUGGGGGCCCCGUGGGGGUUCGGGCUGGACGAGCUCGGGGCCGCCGGCGAGGGCCGGGUGGUGGUGUGGCACGGCGGGCAGGACCUCAACGUGCCGGUGGACAUGGCGCGCAGGUCGGCCGCGCUGGUGCAGGGCGCCGAGUGCAAGAUUUGGGACAGUGAAGCGCACGCGAGCAUGAUAACGGAGGAUGCAUGA